AUGAUGGAAACGGAUUUCUUGUUGCAAGGGCUUGAGAGGAUGAGAGCCAACGCUUUCGACUUUGAUGUCAAUAAAAUAAGCGAAGUUGAUCUCGACCGAUGGCAAACACUGUUCUCCAUGACAUACGAAGAUGCAGAGAACAGUAUCAAGGCUUACCGAGCAGAUAUAGACCGCCAAAGAUUCAGCGACGAGCGGUGGUUUGAGCUCAGAACAUCAAAGGAAGCACAUGGCUUUGACCGCGAGGCCUGUGAGUAUGCUCUAUUUUGUCGCUCGAGAGUCAUGAAUGGAGGUACUCCGACCACCAGUCCAUACUCGCCACCAAACAACACCCUACGCGGCAUGAUUCUCGGCGGUCUUCUGAGUACCCCGGGAGAUGUUCGAGAUAUCGCAGGGUUCACACCUAAACUGAUCAAAGCCGAGUCAGAAGACUCCUCAGCAAGCUUUUGCUAUGUCACCGUCGGACAAGAGCGUCGCAUCAGACAAGGUCUCAGCGAUCGUGGUAUUACCGGCUUUGAGUCUUGCUUCAUAAGCAUCAAUAUUGCAGCAAAGGACCACUCAGCACUGCCCAAGCUAGGCGUCGACGACACCACUAUGCCACAACAUCGUCUGAACAAUAUCACAGACCUCGCUCAACGAUAUCCAGUUCUCUACUUCUUUUACGGCACUCUCGCACAGCCAGAGAUCCCGAAGCGAGUACUGGAAUCCGAACACGAGCCCGAUCUAUCGAGCCUACAGCCUGCUCAUGUACUGGAUGGUAAGAUCACAGACCUAGGCCAGUACCGAGCACUGGUGAACGGCACCAGCGACUCUCGGGUGAAUGGCCAUGCCUUCAUGAUCCAGUCUGAGAACCAGGAAAGAGCUUUGCGUCUCUACGAGACCAAGAUGUACGAAGUCGUUCGCUGCGACAUUUGGCUUUCUGGAAGAAGCAUGCCUGUGAAGGGCUUGACCUUCCGAUUAGCAGCAAGGAGAUGA